AUGAUGCUCGAGGGCAGCAGAAAUCAAGUCACUCUUGUACGCGUGGAUGAAACUCCUGAUGUCUCCGAGGGCUCUCGCAUUGAUCGUUCAAGCAACUUGAACGAUCAUUCUCAUUCUCUCUCUGUGCAGGAACUGUUCGAGCCCGAUGUGCAGAAGAGGGUCCCACAGCUUCACUUGAUGCAGGAGGCCACUGAGUUGUCAGGGCAGAAGCUGGGACCUUGCUUCGUCACCCUCAGCAAUGUCACCCUUGAUGGUACCGCGGAGGUUUCACGGGAGCAAUAUCAGACGGUUGGAUCAGCCUUGAAGUCAAUGUUCGCUUCCAUGCUGCUGCAGGAAGACAAGACUUGCAAGAAGACUCUUCUCCAUGGGGUCACGACUGCAUUCGCUCCCGGGAGAAUAUGCCUCGUCCUUGGGCCCCCACAGGCGGGCAAGACGACGCUGCUGAAGCACAUCGCCUCGCGCCUCGACAGCGACAUCGACGUAAAGGGAGACACGCUCUUCAAUGGUGUGAACCCCAGCCGCGACCUGCUGCCUCGUAUCGUGUCUUACACGCCUCAGAUCGACAACCACACGCCUGUCCUCACCGUCCGUCAAACUCUCAACUUCGCCUUCGAUUGCACCAUGGCAUCGUUUGCUGGUCGACUUGCGCAGCAGGGCGGGUUGAAGCAAUCGCAUGACCAGAAAGGAAAGUUUGACAUGCGCAACAAGGUCAAUGUGCUCCUCACGUACUGUGGGCUCGAGGGUUGUCAAGACACGGUGGUGGGCGAUGGAGUGCUGCGAGGGAUCUCUGGUGGAGAGAAGCGGAGGCUGACGAUCGCGGAGCAGCUGAUCGGGGUGCCGAUGGUUCACUGCAUGGAUGAGAUCACGACUGGACUUGAUUCGGCAGCAGCCACUGACAUCGUUCGAUCCCUCACAAACGCUUGUCAUUCCUUCAACAACACAACCAUCGUCUCCCUCCUUCAACCCCCACCCGAUGUCGUUCUCCUCUUCGACGAGGUGCUUGUGCUCGGAGGGGGAGGGUGUGUCGUCUACCAUGGGCCAGUAGGCGCAGCUUUGACUUACUUCUGUGAGGAGAUAGGAUUUCUCUGCCCCCCUGGUCUUCCUCUUGCUGACUUUCUCGUUCGCGUCUGCGGUGAAGAAGCGUCGGAGCUCUGGCCCUCCCGGCACUGCAAGCCUCCUUCGUGCGAGGAGAUGUCGGAGCGAUGGAAGCGGUCGGAGAUGUUUCGCCAGCACGUGCUUCCUCGCUUCCGUCAGGCUGCUGCGGUAGGAGAAGACGCGGCCACCAACCCCGUCAACCGCUUCCCGUGGAACGAGCCGUUCGCCUCCUCCUCUCUCAACCUCCUCAAGGCUUGCACGAAGCGGUCUGCGACGGUUCUGUUGAAGGACAUGACGCUAGUGCGAGGGCUUCUCAUGCAGCGACUGAUGCAGUCAGUGAUAGUGGGGACCAUCUUCUGGCAGACGAACAAGGAUGCGCUCAAGAUUCCCAUGCUCUUCCUCCUCACCUCCCUCAUGUCCAUGAGCAACAUGUACGUGGUCGACAACACUGUGACCAGGCGUUCCAUCUUCUACAAGCACCGAGACUCUGGUUUCUACCCCACGUGGAUUUACGUCCUCGCCGAGUCGCUGGCGGAGUUUCCGUUGCAGGUGCUUGAAGUGAUGAUCGUGUCUCUCAUCUGCUUCUUCUUCGUUGGCUUCUACCGGUCGACAUUUGUUGUCUUUCUCUUCGCCCUCCUCCUCAUCUCCCUCGCCUUCACUUCCGUCUUCAAGGCCAUCGCCGCCAACGUCCGCGCGGCUUCAGGGGCUCAAGGGCUCGCCAUCUCCUUCGCCGCUUUUUCAAUGUGCUUCUCGGGCUACAUAAUCACGCACGACCACAUCCCCGGCUACUUCGUCUGGAUCUAUUGGCUCGUCCCCACCCCCUGGAUCCUCCGCGUCCUCACCGUCAACGAGUUCUCCUCCCCCGGCCCUGACGGCCGCUACGACCAGCUGGUCCCUCAGCCCGGGUCCUCUCCCAAGCGACUGGGCAGCGUUUACCUGCAGUCGUUCGCGAUCCAAGACGAGGAGUACUGGGUGGCGGCUGGCUUCAUCUACCUCGCCGUCCUCAUCCUCGUCUGCCAGUUCCUCUACGCACUGGGGCUUCAACAUCGACGCCUGGACUAUGAACGUCCUGUGAUGGUGAUGGCGCGGAAGAGCAGAGGGAUGAAAAGAGGAGAGGCGAAGCUGGACCCUCGUAUGCAAGCCAUGUUCGUGAGCACCUCAGCGUCUCAAGUCACCGAUCGAGCCCUCCAGCUCCUCGCCUCCGUCUCUCCGCAGCCUCCGUCGGUCACCAUCGCCCUCAAGCAGCUCUCGUAUACUGUCGAGGUGGCGGCGCCGGCAGACUCCGGGCAGAAGAAGAUGGAGAAGCGACUGAUCAACGAGGUGGAGGCCUUGUUUGCUCCCGGCAGCGUCACUGCCCUCAUGGGCUCGUCUGGUGCGGGCAAGACGACGCUCAUGGACGUCAUCGCCGGAAGGAAGACAGCUGGACGAGUCUCCGGCGACAUCCUCGUCAACGGCCACAAGCUCGAGAGCACAAGCUUCGCUCGCAUCAGCGGGUAUGUGGAACAAACAGACAUCCAUCUCCCUACGCAGACGGUGCUCGAGGCCCUGCGCUUUUCAGCUCAGCAUCGUUUGCCGCGAGAAAUGGCGCGACAAGACAAGGACAAGGUGGUGGAGGCUGUGGUCGAUCUCGUCGAGCUUCGCCCCCUGCUGGACAUGACGAUCGGAGGAAGUGCUAGCGGCCUCUCCCUGGAGCAGAAGAAGCGAGUGACGAUCGGGGUAGAGAUGGUGGCGAACCCCAGCAUCCUCUUCCUCGACGAGCCCACGUCCGGCCUCGACGUUCGAGCAGCACGAGUGGUCAUGACGGUCUUGCGUCGCAUCGCGAGGAGCGGGAGGACGAUUCUGUGCACGGUCCACCAGCCGUCGCAGGAGAUCUUUUCCAUGUUCGACCACCUGCUGCUGCUCAAGAAAGGCGGAUGGGUCGUCUACAACGGGGACUUGGGGCCAGCAGUGGAGGGGGAUGAGCAGGAACGCUUCACUGCGAGAACCAUGAUUGACUACUUUCAAGCUGCCUCCUCCUCCAUGUACCGGGACGGCAGCAACCCAGCUGAGUACAUGCUAGAGGUGAUCGGAGCUGGGCUGGUGCAGGGGGAGGAGACGGUUGACUUCGUGCGCUUGUACGAGAGAUCAGAGCAGGCGAGGAGGCUGCAAGAGACGAUCGCCAGCCUGAGGGAGGGCGACAAGAUCAAGUUCGCCUCCACCUUCGCCCUCAGCCUCCCCCAGCAACUUCGACUCUCAGUCGCUCGCUGGUUGCAGUGCUACUGGCGCGAUGUGGGCUACAGCUUGAAUCGUCUGCUCACAGUCGUGGGCAUCUCCUUCCUCUUCUCUCUCAAUGUCGUCGGCAUGGAUCUGAGCAGCGUCAGCAGUCAGUCCUCCCUGCAGUCCCUCAACGGAGUUGUCUUCGCCGGCCUCUUCUUCACCUCUGCCGUCCAGACCCUCAUGAGCCUCCACGUCAUCGGCAGCAGUCGCCUCGUCCUCAACCGCGAGCUCUCUUCCGCCAUGUACGCUCCCUUCUCCUUCAUCGCCGGCGUCACCGUCGCUGAGAUCCCCUACCUCCUCCUCGUCGUCGCCAUCCACAUGCUCGUCUUCUACCCAAUCGUCGGCCUGUGGAGCUCAGCUGGGGAUGUCGUCGUGUACGCGGUGACGCUCUUCCUCUUCGCCACCACCUUCUGCUUCUGGGGGCAGAUGCUCGCCGCUAUUCUCCCUAGCACUCAGACGGCUUCGCUGGUGGCAGGGCCGACGGUGGGGAUCAUGGUUCUCUUCUGCGGCUUCUUCAUGCCUGUCUCCGUCAUCCCCUGGCCCUGGAAGCUCUUCUACUACGUCUUCCCAGCUCGCUACGGCCUCAAGGCUGCCAUGCCUCCUCAGUUCUACUGCAGCAGCAGCUGCGUGGCGGAGCGGCAGGGGCGCGAGCGGUUCAGUUGCGACAGCAUGAGGAUGCGGAACGUGAGCUCGUUGGCUGAGAUGCCGUGGGGAGGGGAGGGACCUGGUUGCAGCCUCCUCUUCGACAGCACGCGGCAGGUGACGCAGAGCAAGGGAGGCGCGUGGGUGGAGGCGAACUUGGGGGCAGCAGGAGAAGUGCACAGGAUGACGGUGUGGGACUACUGGAGCAUCACGACAGAGUCGAACACGGAUGACGUACCUCUCUUCGUCUUGUACCUCGCGCUCUACGUCAUCGGCUUCCGCUUCAUCACCUUCCUCGCCCUCAAGUACCUCAGGCAUGUCAAGCGAUGA